AAAAUUUAAAAAAAUGUCGCCAGGAAGUGUUGUUGUGACCGGAGCCAACCGUGGUAUUGGACUUGGACUUGUCCAGCAACUCGUCAAAGAUAAGAACAUUCGUCAUAUUAUUGCAACUGCUAGAGACGUUGAGAAGGCUACUGAAUUGAAAUCUAUUAAAGAUUCACGUGUUCAUGUACUUCCAUUGACAGUCACUUGUGAUAAAUCACUUGACACUUUUGUGUCGAAAGUUGGAGAAAUUGUUGGAUCUGAUGGGCUCAGCUUGCUGAUAAAUAACGCUGGAGUUCUGCUGAGCUACGGAACGAAUACGGAGCCUAACCGUGCCGUCAUCGCCGAACAACUAGAUGUAAAUACGACUAGUGUGGUCCUUCUCACUCAAAAGUUAUUACCACUGCUCAAAAAUGCAGCAUCCAAAGAAUCUGGAGAUCAACUUUCCGUUUCACGUGCUGCUGUAAUCACUAUCUCAUCUGGACUUGGUUCCAUCACUGACAACACAUCUGGAUCUGCACAAUUCCCAGUUCUCGCCUACAGAAUGAGCAAAGCUGCUAUCAAUAUGUUCGGAAGAACUCUUGCUGUUGACUUGAAGGAUGAUAAUGUGUUGGUUGUUAACUUCUGUCCAGGAUGGGUGCAAACCAAUUUAGGAGGGAAGAAUGCAGCACUCACGGUUGAACAAUCCACCGCCGAGCUGAUUUCCAGUUUCAAUAAGCUUGACAACUCUCACAAUGGAAGAUUCUUUAUGAGAAAUUUGAAGCCAUAUGAAUUCUAAAAUCUUUUUAUUUUUUUCCCACCUUUUUUGCAUCGGAAGUUAAUUGAAAAUAAACAAACUAAAAUUA